UAUGACCUGAAGUCACAUUGAAGCAAGCAUUCCUACGCGCACACCCUCUGGCAUGAAUUUGUCAGUAUAGUGAGAACUUUAUCACAGAUAAGGCUGACUGGCCAUGAUGACCAACAACCUCGCCUCACACCCCACCAAGCAAGCCAGCUGAGGAUUCUCUCUCAACUGUCAGAGCAGAAGAAAGCACUCCGACCACCUGAUAGUGUUUGAGACACGGCUCCAGGUAUCCUGCCUAAUCACCCUCUCUCUCUCUGACACAUCACUGCCUCAUGACCUGAGGGCCACAAUCAUCUGUUACAACCUGACGACUGAAACAGCCAACCAGAGAAGACCACUAGAAGAGAGCCUACAUAUUAAACUCAUCCACCACCAGAGGAGCUUGGGACUUGAGCUUCUGCCCAUCUGCAUUGUGACUCACUGUGGAACUCUUCAGCACCUGUACAAGAAGUCCAUUGACAGACGUGAAGACAGAUAUCCAGAGUGACAGUCUACCAGCUCAAACACCAUCAGCAGCCUGCUCCUCUGACAAGCACUGUUGAAGCUAUGGGGAGUCCAGGCUGUGACCGUGUGGGGAGCACAGUGCCCCUUCCCCUGAUGAGUUUCAAUGACUACCCCUACAGUGUGUCUGCCCUGAGGGCCUGGGAGGAGGAGGACACCAAGCCGCCCCGUGGACUGAUAAGUGUGCCUAAACACACCGCUUCUGAACGCAGCCUGCAAGGGGUGUUCCUGCCCUGCUCUGACAUGCUCCUCACUGAAGACAGCUUGUGGCUGUUGAAGAAGAAAGAGGCAGCACCCCCUGAGCCCCCCUGUAAGCACCUGGAGCAGUGCCCUGUCAUCGACAGCCAGGGCAUGGGGGUGGGCCUGGGAUUGGAGGUCCCCUCUGGGCUAGAGGGACAGGUGGAAGAACGCUGUCUAGAGCAGGUCCAGAGCAUUGUCUUGGGAGAGGUAAUGAAGGACAUAGAGACCGCCUGCAAGCUGCUCAACAUUACCCCAGAACCCAUGGAGUGGAACUGUGGGAACGUCCAGAAGUGGCUGCUGUGGACAGAGCACCUGUACAGACUACCCCAGGUGGGAAAGGUGUUCCAGGAGCUCAGUGGGAAGGACCUGUGCUCCAUGACAGAGGAGGACUUCAGGCAGCGCUCAAUGCAAUGUGGAGACCUGCUGUUUGCUCACCUGGACAUCUGGAGAUCAGCUGCGUGCAUGAAGGAGUGUUGCACACCAGGAGAUACCAAGUUACAUGGUGCUGAGGAGACGUGUCCAGAGGCUGACUCAUCCUGCUCAAGCCAGCCCAUCCACCUGUGGCAGUUCCUUAGACAGCUGCUCCUCAAGCCACACAACUAUGGACGCUGCAUCCGCUGGCUCAACAAGGAGAAAGGUAUCUUCAAAAUCGAAAACUCGGCUCAUGUAGCCAGGUUAUGGGGCCUCAGAAAGAACCGUCCAGCUAUGAACUACGACAAGCUGAGUCGCUCUAUCCGACAGUACUACAAGAAGGGCAUCAUCCGCAAGCCUGAUGUGUCCCAGAGACUGGUCUAUCAGUUUGUCCACCCUGUAUGAAGCUGUUGAGCAGCCAGCCAGAAGAGGAGAACACAAGUGGUGAUGACUGGUGACAACUAACUGAAAAGAAGCCUCUAACUGCUGUUUUAGCUCCAGCAUUAACAAUGCACUGUAUAGACUGCCUCCUGCAUUGUGCACUCCUGCCUAAUUUCAAUAUUCUUAUGUGUAACCUGAUUGCAUAUGGGAAUUUAUUGUCACAUUGCAUUAGAUAUGUAAUGUUUUACAUUUCCAAUAUUGUUGAAACAAUUUUAAUAUUAAUUGUCCAAUAUUUCAUUUUCACAAAUGUCAAUUCCAUAUGUUUGUAUACUUUUUCUCUGAUUAUGAACUCACAUUAAUCACCA